ACACUGAAUUUAACUUUUUUGUUUUCUUUAACUUGCUCCAAAAUUAUUUAUUCUUAUACUCUCUCUAUUUUUCAUUAGCAUAGAUUCUACUGUCUAAACGCUCUUACAACAGCGUUUACUUUUUUGUUGAUUGGAAGAAGCAACGGAACGCAACAUAGCACAGCACAGCAUACCAACACGUAUCCUCUGCAUCUUUACCACCCUCACAAACAAACAAACAAACCACGAAAGGGGGGAUAAGCAAAACCAUGAUGAAAGCCCGGCGAAGAAGCACCAAGACGGUAUUUGGGUUCGAAGCCGACAUGCCUGUCCCACGGGCAUACAACACGUUCACAGAGGACGAGCUACGCAACGCCCUAAGCAGCGAGCAAGACCAAAUUCACCUAAUCCAAACCUGCGUAUUCGAUCCCGACGUCUGGGUGGAUAUCUUUGCAGAGUCGCAAAAAAACCCUGUGGUGAAACGCGCCCUGCGGAUAAUAGUGCAAAUGGGCACACUGUGCGCUACACUGACCGGGCAAUAUACUUUGGCGUACACACAGGAGGAGAUUCUGCUGGAUCGGCUGCGGCUGCGCAAGUCAGUGGAGAAGACAGUGUUUUACUCGACAGACGACUGCUUUGUAAGCGAGUUCCGCAAUAACGGAUCGGCUGGGUGGACAGAAGGGCGGGCGGCCGUGCGCGUGGUGGAUGCCGAUGCUGUGGAUGUGGCCGUCAAGCUUUUAGAGCUACGACCGGAUCAUACACGGCCACCAGCCGUCCUUGUGUUUGGGUCCAGGGGCUCGCCAGGGGGGGCGUAUAAGCGCGGGGCUGGGCAGCAGGAGGAGGAGCUGGUGCGGCGGACAUCCCUUUUGCACAACCUCGAGGACCCCUAUGGCUUCGACCCGGCGCGGGCCUGGUCCUACCCUCUGCCGGAAUUCGGCGGCGUUUACUCACCAGACGUCGUCGUCCUGCGCGACUCCGAGCGUGAAGCCUACACGUUCCGCGACGACCCCGUCUACCUCUCUUUCAUCAACGUCGCGCCCUACUCCAACGUGCAUGUCGACGAAAUCAGCCAUUAUGGUCGCAAGACCACGCGCAUCGUGGAGGAUACCGCGCGCAGUUACCGGAGGAAAAUGGAGGUCAUUUUGAAUAUUGCCCGGGAUCAGGGCCAUCAGUCCAUUGUACUGGGUGCUUUUGGCUGCACCGGCUCGUUGACUGUUGUGCAGCAGAUGGCAGAGAUGUGGAGGGAAGUUAUUGACACGUCACCGUAUGCUUUUCGCGAGUUCUUUGAUGACAUUUCCUUUGCGUUACCGGCUUAUCAGGACCGUGCGGCGGGCACAGCGGACGAUUCGCCUGGCGCCGAUAGACCGUCGAUAGCGACGACGUUUGCGGAGGCCUUUGGUGUCAACAUCGAUGGCCUGGAUUUCUUCUAGGCCCGAGCAAAAUACUUGGCUUGCCAAUAAAAAAUUGCACGUUGUGUGAAACCAUAAGACCAGCCUGACAUUGGGGAUUGGAAAGGAUUAGAUCUACGUUGUUUUAUUCAAAUAAUAAAACCCGAUGGUAGUUGUGCGCAU